GAUAAAAAUAGCUUAGUGCACAACCCUUUGCACUUGUGGAAAACAUGUCAUAUUAUUUCUCUGGACAAUUUUCACCCUUAUCUUCAAUUUAUUUCCAUUUUGAGUACCAUAUACGCUGGCUUAUGUUUAGAGCUUGUAAUUUAUCCUAUUGGGCUGAUUAUAAAGCAGUGAAAUAAUGCCGAAAAGUAAAAAUUCCAAGCGACGUGGAGGGGGGAAAGGUCAGGAGGCAGCUGCAGUUCCUGCACCACGCACCAGAAAUGAGGAUGAUGAAAGUGUGGCAGAUAAUUGGAGCACCCAGAGUGUGCUGUCAGAUGACACUAGUUGGCAUGGUUCAGACCAAGGUCACAAUACAGAGGAGGAUGCAGAGGAUACAACAGAGCAGGAAAAUUUCGAGGAUCGGUUCAUGGAAUGCCUGGAUUCUACCUUGCAGAAAAGCGCACAGUCUCGUCUGAAAGCUCUUCAAGGGAUACAGAAAGCUCUUCAAAAGAAAUAUGUGGCAGAGUUUUUACUUGAAAGGAAAGAGACAGUUUCAGACAACUUGGUGAAAUGUCUGCGUAAGGGCAAAGGGGAAGAGCAAAUUGUGGCCACAUCGUGCCUGGGCCUUAUGGCUAUCCAGCUGGGGCCAGAAGCAGAGUCCAUGUUUAUGAGCGUCCAGCCAGUGUUGAGUGUGCUCCUGACAGACAACUCAUCACACUACAAAGUCAGAGGUAUGUGCGCCACCACGCUUGCCAUGAUGUGCCUGUUGUGCAGUGAUGACCUUGAGAAGACAAAGACAGCAAUCAAGUCAUUUGAGGACAUCUUCAAGCUGGGGUAUGGCAAGGGAGAGAAUUCCCCAAGCGUACCACCUGAAAUGAGCUGGUUGAUGAGUCAGGCCCUGUCUGCCUGGUGCUUACUGCUCACUGUGGCACCACAGUAUGAAGUGCAGACCCACAUCAACAAUCACCUGGGCUACCUACAGGAUCUACUCCAGAGCUCCGAUGUGGAUCUACGUAUGGCAGCAGGGGAGGCCGUUGCGCUGUUGUAUGAACUAGCCAGGGACUCUGAUGAGGACUUUGAGCAUGAGGAGGAGACCUCGCUGUGUGAGUUACUGAAGCAGCUGGCCACUGACUCUGUGAAACAUCGUGCCAAAAAGGACCGCAGGCAGCAGCGCUCAUGCUUUAGAGAUGUGCAGCGUUAUGUUGUGGAAUGUGAGAAUCCAAGUGAGGUGGUGAAACUGGGCAAAGAGAAUCUGCUUGAGAUCUGCAGCUGGAGUCAGAAACGACAAUACGACAGUUUCUGUCAAAUUCUCCAGACUGGAACCUUGGUGCACAUGAAGGCUAACCCUAUCUUGCGAGAAAUGUUUGACCUGGGAGCCCCAGGCCAGGACGAGUACAGCCACACCAAGUCUCUCUCCAAGGCCCAAAGGACUUUCAUCAAUGCUGCAUCCUUUAAAGCACGUACCAAAACCAGAGCAAAGCAGAGGGACAAGAGAGCAGUGACAGUGAACGGAUACUAAACCCUUGUGAAAUAUCUGCCAUAAUUUUGCCAUCCUUUCUGCUAGUGUUGGGAAGGUGGUCGUCUUUGUCUUUGGGGUUGUUUUUUUUCCUUACCUGUUUGUGAAGCAAAAAUAAUGUCACCUGGGAUAGAAAGUAGUGAUGUGGAUGCUUAGGGGCCUAUUCUCUUGUGUAAAUAUUUUGCUUGGAAGGUUUAGUUAUUCUUUUUAGUGAGGGGUUUGGGGUUAUUAAUAUAAUAUAGAAAGGAGGGUAAGACCAUUAAACAUUUUUUUGCUCACUUGUUGAAAUGACCAGUGGUUGAAAGUUUUUGGUUUUUUUUAAUGCUUAUGGUUUGACAACAAAAAGUACAUGUGUUCAUUUACUUUUCUUUGUAUUUACUCUGUCAUGGAGGAUUAUAUCAUCAGGUUCUGCUCUAGCAUAAUGUAGUGCUGAAUUUUCCUAUCAUAGUUUGGUUUGGAUGGAUGACAGUGUACUAAUUUUUCUAUAAUCGACAAAUUGCAUUAGUUACUAAUUUUGUGGCCAAAUGUGAGAUUCAUGUGAUACUGUACCAGGAGCAUUUCUUUUUCUAUAUUUUCAGCUGCUAGUCAUCUAGUAUGAUCUAGCUACUGUUACAGUAGACCAUUUAUUGUUCAGAAAUUUUUGUCGAGAUAAUUAUUCCUAGCGGUAGAUUCUGUAUUAUUGUUUUGUUUUAUUCAGUGAAAACUAAAAACAAGAAUAGGCUUGUCAGGAAAGUAACCCUGCACCCGCACGUCUUCCUCUGUGAGUUCUUUCUGUGUAGUGGCUUUGAUGUCCCAUAAUUACAGUUUCUGAGUGCCAGGUGGCCCCCGAGUCGGACGGUUCCGUCUACAUCUGAAGAGUAGUGCUGUGCUGACAGAGGCUUAUGUUAUGUCUUUUGGUGCCCUCAGUUCUAGUACCUUCCUGCCACUGUAGAGGACAAUACUGGUCUUUCUACCUCUUGCUGAAGUCUAAGAUUUCUGUAGGCUUACCUUCUAACAGAUCUCUUCUUCAACAUAUUAACAGGACAUAUCUAAACCGUGAGGAAUGUAGGCAUGAUUGUUGAAAUUUUUAAAGAUAAUUGUGAUAACUGUUUUGGUUUAUUAUCAAAGUGAUUUAUAGGAUAAAAGACUGUCUACUUGUCCAGAGGAAAAGGGGUUAUAGAAAAAAAGAAAAGAAAAAAAAGGAUGAGUUUGUAUUAUUUCUGGCUUUUGCCCUCUCUCCCGUCAUAAUGGAUUUCUUUUAUCUAUGGUUGUGUGAGUGAUCGGCCCGCUUCCAUACUCCAUCUCCGUAGGUUUUCUCGAGUGUUUCUUUGAAGCAUGUACAUAGAUUAGAUUUCAUAGUGUGAAAGAUUGAACAGAGUUGUGUACAUAUAUGAUGUCAUGUAUUAAUAUAUGCAAAGUGUGUUUUGAAACUGUCGGAAGUUGUAUCCUCCCCUCCCCUCUCACAUUUCAAAGAAAUCUUCAUUAUCAUGUUUUUACUGCCAUCAUGUUUCUCUUAGAGAUUUUAAUAAAAUGCUUCACCGAC